UUUGGUCAAUAUCACUUCAGUUCACAAAAGCCACCGGCGCAUGAAGUCGGACUUAAACGGGUUCAGUCAGCCAAAAGUAAAAGUUACCUGCCCGCUUGUGAGAGCAAUUGUGCGAUAAUGAGCGUAAUUACGUUAUUGAUCAAGACUUUGUUUGUGCUCGGAUUGGCCGUGCUUUUGGGACCAGGAAGGGUGGCUGCCUACGAUCCUAAUGAUCCCAAGAUAGCCGAGUGCUGCCUGCCGCCAGAGGGGAUGUUCGAGGCCUUUUACCCCCGUGAGGUGGAGGGAAUCCCCAAUAGCGCCUCGCGACCCGCGCACGGGCAUGGCAGUUUCUUCAAGCACCGGAACCCAGCGCUGGUGGACACCAAGAACGCGGCGGCCUAUGGCUAUAGAUUCGAUGGCAAGAGGCGUUUCAAUUUUGAUUAGUUCCGGCCAUAAUAUCUGUAUUAUUCGCAAAUAAAAUCCCUUUCUGAAAACGUUAAAACAAUUUAUUUUUUCAACGGUAAAUCAAACCGCCAGCGAUCUGGCAACCCUGCUAUGCACGCAUCCCUAAAUUUCCAUUUCCGUGUGACUGACACUUAUGUCUAGAGCAGAAGAAGAAGAAGUCAACAUUUUUUUCUUCGAAAUUCAUUCGUUUAAAAGCGUAAAAAAAAUGUGUUUCUGAAUCAAAUUCAAAUAUAAUUCACAUAAUUCUGUAAAUACCGUUACAAAAGCCAAAUCACCAACACA